UGGAGGAAACUGACUCAGCGCUCGGUGUCCCGUCUCCUCCCUCCUCCCCCUCCCUGCUCUCCGCCUCUAUGUGACCACUCACUGCCAUCCACAGCCCGUCGGCGGCCGCACGGGGGAUGUCUACAGAGGCUGGGAACCAUCACAAACAAGACAGUGCAUGGCCCGAGCUGGAGAAAGCUGAGAAGCUGGCCCGAGGAGCUGCCUUAAAAUGGGCCUCGGGGAUCUUCUACCGUCCUGACCAAUUGGAGAGACUGGGCCAGUAUCGCAAGAGGGAAACGCAAAGGACGUCCUCUGUUCAGUCCAGGUUGAAGUCCGCCGUUCAGUCCUACCUGGAAGGGGUCGGGACAGGUCUCGGGCAGCUGAGAACCUCCCUGGACGACAUCCGAGCCGUGUGCCGCACGAUGGUGGAGGUCCGAGAGGAGUGCCAGAACAAGGUGAACGGCUUCGAAAGCCUGGGCCAGCUGAGUGGCCUGGUUUCUGAUCAUGUCCAGUUGGCCACCGCAGUGCACAAUCUGCAUCAAGUGUUCUCAGUCCCCGAGGUUGUGGCUGAUACCCGGCAGCUGAUCGAGGAACGGAGGCUGCUGGAGGCACACACCAAGCUGAUGGAGAUGGAGUGCUGGCGUGACGACAUUCUGUACCAGCUGCACCGAGCCGGGAAGCAGAGCACGGAAGGAGAGCAGAUUGUCCUGUCGUACUUCAGCGGCGUCGGACAGCUCAAUGAAGACCUCGCCAAGGAGCUCUGGGAUGUGGUGAACUGCGGCCUGACCCUGGUCAAGCAGGACCCCGCCCUCUUCGUCUCAGCGAUUCGUGUGAUCGAGCGGGAAGAGAAGAUUGACCAAGUGACCAUGGACAGUCAAAGCCAACACAAGUUCCUCCCCCCUGGAAGGCCCAAGAACCUGAGGCAGAUGUUUUUUAAGGUUAUCGAGCAAUCGACUGCGGCCCAGUUCAGAGCAAGGCACACUGAUACAAAGGGACCAGGGCUGGCGAAUCAUUUAGCGGCCUUGCAGAACAAUGUCCUCAAUGAUUUGAAAGUGGUAAAACACUUAAUGGUGCAAUGUUGCCCUCCUCACUACAACAUCCUUCAGACCUACGCGGUGCUUCACCACACCUGUCUCUCCGGACACCUACAGGAUAUAAUAUCCUGGGACCUGGAGAAGGGUGAGAUCUACACUGUGCUGAACUGGAUACGUCAUGUCUACCACAGUCCUGAAAUGAUGGAUCAUCCUGAUCUCUUUCCUGAUGUUGAUGUUGCCUCGCUGGGCCCUCUGAUUUCCCAGGAUGCACUGGAGCAGCUGCAAAAUAAAUACGUCAAUGCUGUCCGGGUGGCAGUGUCCGACUGGAUGCAGAAGGCGCUUGAAGCUGAGGUGAAUGACUGGUACAGCGAAGGGGAGCCGGAGUCUGACCACGAGGGCUACUACCACUCCAGCCUGCCGGCCAUCGUGACUCAGAUGCUGGAAGAGAAUGUCCAGGUGGCGAUGAUGAUUGGUGACCAUCUCAAGGACCAAGUGGUGGUGAUGGCUUUGCAGGAACUCGAGACUUUCCUGUGCAGGUUCCGAGAGGCUGUGAUCAGUUAUGGGAAGGAACGGAGCAAAGAUUCUCAGCCUAAGCAUUACCUGCUGUACCUCCUGGCAGCUGUCAACAACUGUAUCACAUUCAGGAGGUCAGUCCAGUGGCUGCAGCAGCAGAGUGACAGGGGAACCCACAGUGACUACUGCAUGAAAGCCUCUCACUCCAUUGACACAGCAGUGGAUCGAGCCAUGAAGAAAGGCUGCAGGCUGCUGAUAGAUGAGAUGCUUCUGGAACUGCAGCCCCAUUUCCUCCAGUUGCUGUCUGGGUCCUGGCUCUCUGGUUCCGAGUUCAUUGACUCCACCUGCACUGUUGUGGACACAUACUACAGCUACUUCAGCCACAUCAGGGAGCCCACCUUUCAGUUCAUGCUGGUUGAGGGGCUUCGUCUGGUGGUUGUUGAAUACAUCCGCCGGCUGAUGCUGAAGAAGCUGGUCUGCAAGAAUCCCGCCGAGCGAGAGAAGGUGUCGCACAGAAUGUCGUGUGAUGCCACACGGCUGCAGGAACUCUUCCACAACCUGGGAGUGGAAGAGGCCGGGCGGCUCACCAAUGUGAUAUCCUCUGUCUCGGAACUCAUCAAGCUGAAGGACAGCUCCAUGCUCAGCCUGGAGGUUUCCGGCCUGGUGGCCAAUUAUCCCGACAUCAGUGAUGAGCAUGUUUCGGUGCUGCUGGACAUCAGGGGGGAUGUGUCCAAGGAGAUCCGUGGCACGGUGCUGGAAAUGUUGGAGCAGAGCAGCCAGAUGCCUCCAGAAGGCUACCAGCCCAUCUUCUCUGACAUCCUGGUGCCAGCUCCGGUUCUUCCCUUCUGCCUCCCCACCGUCAAGUGUGGCUAGUAACUCCGUCCUUGGAAGCGGCUCCCUCAUCCGGUGUGGCAGAGAAACAACUGGCAUGGCGUUUGUGGGCAACUGGCUGGCAGUGCGAGUCAGGGUUUUUUCCUACUGUACAGCCUGAGCAUGCGGUAGAUACAGUGGCCCUGGUGGAAAAGGUGGCCAGGUUGGGCAGGUAACCCUCAGCGUGAAGCUGUAAGGAAGGGCAUCAGAUCUCUGCAGCAUGUACAAGUCUCUCCUAUUUACAAAGCAUGUCAGAAGUUGCUGGGCUGACCUCCUGCCUUGGCUCGGUCGAUUGAAGCUGACGGGCAUGUAUCCCACACAACUGGACUUAACUCUGCCUGGGAUUCCUGGUGAAUCAUCCAUCGUUCCAAUGGGGAGUGUCUGUGAACAUAGCGAACAGCACCGGAUUAGACUGGACUUUGAAGCCUCCUUCAGUUGGAUUGCCCGCCAAGGCCACCCACGAGGAGGCUGGGAUUGGAGCGAGCUCCAUUAGUCUCUGUGAUGGGAUUACUUUGGAUUGGCAUCAUGGUCGGCACAAACACUGUGGGCCGAAGGGUCUGUUCCUGUGCUGUUGUGUUCCAUGUUCUAUGACUCCAGACACCCCCACAGAUGUCGGGGAAUGUCUCCGAGGCAAGGGGUAGCUCAGCAUCAUCCCGUCAACCACUUGCCCACAACGCCGGGGUUGUCCAGCCAGGGGGCAUACCUGGCGUUUAGUUCCCAAAGGCCUGUUCAAAGGCGCUGUCCCUUGGGUGGUCAUGGGCUAGUCUGCAUCAGAACAUGGGUUAGGGUUGCCAUUAAAGUCUCCUGGGAUGUAAGGUUGGGGGCUACCCCCAGCUUGGGUUAGGUCAGGUUCUGGGUGGAGGGAGGGUUUGGGGUUGGCAGAAGGGAGAGGAGGGGAGGGGAAGUGUUGAUUGUUGCCAGCCUUGGUUUGCUCCCCUCCCCCCCACUGCUUGCCAUCUCUGCACCCACCAAUCUCCCACACCCCGAGGACCUCACAGGCUGGCUGGGGCUUCUCCUGCCUAGAGGAAGCAAGCAGCUGCAGGAGCCCAUUCAGGGAACAGGCUCUCCAGCAAGACUUCAAGAAGGCAUAAACUGAGGGCAGAACCAAGCCAUCUCGUGCCCCUUUCUCUUACAUCCCCCACCAUCUUUGCUCUGAUUGACUACCCAGAGUCCCUGGAUUUGAGUCCCUGAAGUUAGCAGUGAUCCUUAUGGUGAAUGAAAGACUAGGGCUGUUAAUUCCAGGAUCAGGCAUCAGUUUCAUAACAGCUUACUGACGGGGACACUGGAAUCCAUGACAUAAGACAUCAAGGCUAAAUGUCACUGCAGCAAGGGCAUCAAUAAUGAAUGCUGCUUUUAACAUCAAAGCACAUCUCUUGCUGGACUUGUCUUGGAUUGAAGUGAGGAGAACAUCCCAUGAUUUGACCUACUGAAGACCUCCUGCAAUAGGCUGCGUCCGAUCACGUCCGGGAAGUUCCAGGAAGCUGACGCGGAGACGUCUGUCCGAGGGCACUGCAGGCGGUGAGCUGGGACCAGGGCUCUGUUGUGCCUGCACAACUUGGGCCACAGUGGCCUGGACUUUGCGCCGAAGUUCCUGGAGCCAUACCAGAAGACACCAGGUCAAAUCCAGAGCUCACCUGGGUGUAUGAGUGACGAAACUCCGCGGGCACUGUACAGCUUUCUGCCUGGUUCCACCCUGCCCUCUCCCCAUUACUGCAGAGACCCCAGCACACAGUCCCCGAGUUGGAGAACCGUCCCCUUUCCUCUCACUGAAACUAUUCCAUGUCUGUCACAGCAAGGUCGGGGGGACAUCUGCUGUAACCCGCUCCUUACCCACUGAGAAUUCACCGCUCAAGUAUCUCAACCCCACUGGAUUCUGUUUCCUGCUGCAUCCCCUGUGUUUGCUGUUGCAAGCGACGUUUCUUUAAUAACACACCAGCUUUAUCUUCUGAAUGGGAGAAACGAUCUCUUCUGUGACCUCCAGAUGCCGGUCCUCUUCACCCUUGUCCCAAAGGCUCACCCUUCCCACCCACCUAGCCACUAGUGCAGAAGCAGGCAUUUCCCGGCCCCAUUGGUGGCGUUUGAUCCCUAGCUGGGAACCCCGGCCUCGGGUAUGUCCCACCUGCUCUUCCCAGUUGCCACCCACACUGCCUGGCCACGUUCAGCCAGAAGUGCAGAGUGAGUGAUCCAUCACCUCUUCCCCGAGAUCCCCUCCAUCACGGAACGUGCCUUCAGCCAAAUUCAUUCAUUUCAGUAACGAAGAACACAACACAACAAACACCAAGGGGCCCAGACAACAGCCAGCUGUAGUACUAAAGACCUGUGCUCCAGAAUUAGCUGAGCCUCUAACCAAGCUGUUCCAGUGCAGUUACAACACUGGCAUCUACCCAACAAUAUGGAAAAUUGCCCAGGUAAGUCCUGUUCACCAAAAGCAGUGCAAAUCCAAUCCAGCUGAACACCACCUAACCUGUCUACCCUCAAUCAUCAGCAAAGUGACGGAAGCCAUCAUCAACAGUGCUGUCAAAUGCCACUUGCUCUGUAGUGCCUGUUUUGGAUUUUGCCAGAACCACUCCCCAAGGCACUCUCUAAACCUACCGAAUAUUGAAAAGCCUGGAUUGAGUGGAUGUGGAGGGGAUGUUUCCAGUAGUGGGAGAGUCUCGGACCCGAGGGCACAGUCUCAGAAUAAAGAGAUGUCCCUUUAGAACAGAGAUGAGGAGGAAUUUCUUUAACCACAGGGCGAUGAAUCUGUGGAAUUCGUUGCCACAGACAGGCCAUUGGGUAUACUUAAAGCAGAGGUUGAUAGGUUCUUGAUUAGUAAGGGUAUCAAAGGUUACAGGGAGAAGGCAGGAGAAUGGGGUUGAGAAGGAAUAAUAAAUCAGCCAUGAUCAACUGGUGGACCAGACUUGAUGGGCCGAAUGGCCUAAUUCUGCUCCUAUGUCUUAUGGUCUUAUGGCAAAAGUCAGGAGCGUGAUGGCACACUGUCCACUAGCCUAGAUGGAUGCAGCUCCAAUGACUCACACCAGCCAGGACCAACCAGUCCAAUCGAAUGGCUCCCCAUCGACUGCCCUGAACAUGCACUCCCUCCACCUCCAGCGCACAGUGGCUGUAGCGUGUUCCAUCUGCAACAUACGCGACAGAUACUUGCCCAGGCUACUUUGACAGCACCUCCCAAACCCACAACCUGUACCGUCUGAACAACCAAUAGCAGCAGGUGCAGGGAAACACCACCACCUGCAAGUUCCCCUCCAAGUCACACACCAUCGAAAUACUUCGCCGUUCCUUCAUAGUCACGGGGUCUGAAUCUUGGAUCUUGCUCCUCAAAGGCAUGAUGGAAGUACCUUCACCAGACGGAGUGCAGCAGUUCAAGCAGCUCACAAUUACCUUCUUCAAGGGCAUUUAGGGAUGGGGAAUAAAUGCUGGCCACUAACAAUGCCCAGAUUGGAGAAAUAUAUAUAUAAAAAAAAGCCAUGGCUGACAAUCCUUCCCCCACUGACCCCUCACCUGUCCAGCCCUUUAGGAGUCUGCUGCCCAAUUCCCUCCCCUCACCAACCUGCUGCCCGAUCACUAGACAGCAGUCGGCUCCUGGACUGAGGCCUCCUGACCACAUCAUCGGGGUCCCAUCCCUACAACCGUGACUGGGACCCUGGUCCCCCUGCAUCUGCUCCCCUCCAUAAAGGUGCACUGUGGGAAGGAAAGGCUUCUGAGUGCGUGGGGCCUAUGAAGUACUGUGGGAGGCUGUGUGCCCACAGAUGCUGCUCGACCCGCUGAGUUCCUCCAGCAGAUUGUUUAAAGCUCUCUCCUCUGCGGCAAGUUGAGGGAUUCAGAUGGGAAGCCCUGUCCAUCCCAGUAGGUGGGCUCCUUCUGCUGGCCCACUCACACCAUUCACCUCAGGACCCCUACACAUUGGACUUCCGUUACCAACAGUUACGAUUCACGAGCAGAACCAGGAUCUAGCUUAUACCUUGAGAUGACAAUCAGUCUGUAAAAGGCUGUGGCUUUCACAACCUCAGGACAUGCCAAGGGGUUCCACAGCCAGUAGAUCUGAAGCGUGGUCCACAUUACUGGAGGGACCCCGCAUUGGAGCAGCUGACGUGUGAGAUCCCACCAACAGUCAUGAUGUAAUAGAGUCAUAUGGAACAGAAACAGGCCCUUCGGCCCAUCAAACCUUCACUGACCAUCAACCACCCAUUUACACAGAGCCCCUUUUAUUCUCCCCACAUUCCCACAUUCCCAUCAACUCCCCCCCCCCAAGAUUCUACCACUCACCUCCACAAGAGGGACAACUUACAGUGGCCAAUUAACCCACCAUCUUGCACGUCUCUGGGAUGCAGGAGGAAACUGCAGCACCCAGGGGAAGUGCCCAUGCUCGCAGGGGGAGCGUGCAGACUCCACACAGCAGCAACAGAGGUCAGGAUGGAACCCGGGUCCCUGGACCUGUGAGGCAGUGGCUCUACCAGCUGCGGCACUCUGCCGUACAGCCCCCUCAUCUGCUGGUUUGACUGGGGAAGGGACAUUGACAUUGUCAGCGGGUCUUCCUCAGUAUGCUGCUGCUGAUGGGACGUUACUCAUCCAACAGGCAGCCUGGAAUUCCUGCCUCAGAGUGUUGGCCUGGACUUUGCACUCACUUUGCUGAAGUGGCUCAUGAAGCUGGGACUCCCUCACUCACAGGCUACCAAUGAGUCACAGCAGACAUCUUCCCCCAGACUGGGUCAUAAUAACCCUCCUCCACCAAAGGUGAUCCCGAACUUCAGAUGCUCCUCCAUCUGAAUGUGCACAUGGAAUCCCAGAUUAAAACAGGAUCUAAUGUGAUAGAGGGGUACUCUAAUCCCAGAGGGUACACGCUCCACCCCUAUCCAUUCUACCACACCAAAACCUGCAGGAGCAAUGCUCCCCACAGCCGCUUUGCACUGGGGCUUCAAGCAGACUGUUGCCAGGGAGAUGGAACCAUCCCGCUUUCUUGGUGGAAGAUUUCCCUUUGUAAUGUCUUGGAUUUCAAUGUAAAUUAAUGCUAUGUCUGAAAGCAGCUGCAAAAAUUCACCCUGGCGCCAAGAGGUGGCGAAGUACUCCAGUAAUGCAGCAAAUGAACUGCCCAUGUUAUCUGAAUUUUCCAUGGUUCCAGGAAUAUUGUGUAUCCUGGGCAAACUGAUGGAUAUUUUUGGUUCAGAGGCAUUUUUGCUUACUUCCUAGCCAUAUUUAUUCCUGCCUAAAAAUAAAAGCACAAUGGACUUGAA